UUUAUCCUACAAGCAUACUUGGCCAGGAAAAACAGAGUCCGAGAGACUUCGAAAGGGCAAAGAGCGAGUGGGGAGGGGGCUUCAGGGUUUGCAUGAGGUCGAUCAGGACAUGGAGAUUGACCUUGUGCAGCAGUGUUGUGAGAGCUCGGCAACGGCGGAGGACUGGCGGCGGGCACUGACGACAGUCGUGCCGGCUGUGGUCGUGCUUCGUACGACGGCCGCUCGAGCUUUUGACACUGAGGUCGCCGGCGCCAGCUGCGCCACUGGCUUCGUCGUGGACAAGUCUCGCGGCAUCAUCCUUACCAAUCGUCAUGUCGUAAAGCCGGGUCCAGUUGUGGCCGAGGCAAUGUUCGUUAACAGGGAGGAGAUUCCGGUGUAUCCAGUGUACAGGGAUCCUGUACAUGAUUUUGGCUUCUUUCGUUUUGAUCCUGGAGCCAUCAAGUUUCUUAGCUAUGAGGAAAUUCCUCUUGCACCAGAAGUUGCAUCUGUUGGAUUAGAAAUUCGAGUGGUGGGCAAUGAUAGCGGUGAAAAGGUCUCAAUUCUAGCUGGAACUCUUGCACGCCUUGAUAGAGAGGCACCUCAGUAUAAGAAGGAUGGAUAUAAUGACUUCAAUACAUUUUACAUACAGGCUGCAUCUGGUACUAAAGGAGGUUCGAGCGGCUCACCUGUGAUUGAUUGUCAAGGAAGAGCAGUUGCUUUAAAUGCUGGCAGCAAAUCAUCCAGUGCUUCUGCUUUCUUCCUUCCUUUAGAAAGGGUUGUUCGGGCAUUAGAUUUAAUAAAGAAGAACUGGGAUGCCUUUGGAAGCCACUUGGAUGCAGUGAAAAUCCCUCGUGGUACACUUCAGGUGACAUUUCUUCAUAAAGGAUUUGAUGAAACACGCCGGCUUGGACUUAGUAGUGAAACUGAAAAGGUCGUGAGAAAUGUGUCCUCUCUUGGUGAGACAGGAAUGCUGGUUGUUGAUUCCGUGGUGCCGGGUGGCCCUGCAUACAAAAAAUUGGAGCCUGGUGAUAUUCUGAUUUGCAUAAAUGGGGAGGUAGUUACACAAUUUCUUAAACUGGAGACAUUACUUGAUGAUUCCAUCAAUGGUGAGAUCGAGUUGCAGAUUGAAAGGGGUGGAAUCUCCUUGAUAGUAAAAUUAAUGGUUGAGGAUUUGCAUUCCAUAACUCCAAAUUAUUUCUUGGAAGUUAGUGGCGCUGUGUUGCACCCCCUUUCCUAUCAGCAGGCGCGGAAUUUUCGCUUCAACUGUGGACUGGUAUAUGUAGCGGAGCCAGGGUAUAUGCUCUCUCGUGCUGGUGUCCCUCGCCAUUCUAUUAUAAAGAAGUUUGCUGGAGAAGCAAUAUCAAAAUUAGAAGAUCUAAUCGAAGUUCUUGCUAAAUUGUCAAGAGGUUCUCGUGUGCCUUUGGAAUAUGUAAGCUAUUUAGAUCGUCAUCGAAACAAGUCCGUCCUCGUCACAAUUGAUCGGCAUGAAUGGUAUGCACAUCCUCAAAUAUAUUCUCGUAAUGACAACACAGGGUUUUGGACAGCGAAGCCUGCAAUACCACCAGAUUCUAUGCUUCUUUCUUCUAGACUUCAUAGUGACAUUACACAAAUAAACUCUAUUCCUGUGUCUGCAACGAGGAACUAUGUUCCGGGGGAACUUGAGCAUCAUAAUUGUAACGGAAAAUGGGAAGAUGAUUGCAUAAAAAAGCAGAGUAUUGAUCAUAAAGCUCUUGAAGGAUCAUGCACAGAUGACAUUAAAAACGUGAGCAAAAAAAGGCAUAGAGAGGACAGUACAUGCAGUGAAGGAAGCAUUUUGUCUAAUGGAAACAUUGAUGAAUAUAAGGAACCAGUUCUUAGACAAACGUCAAGCUCUGAAAACAAUGAUCUUUCAGUCAAGAUGGCUGUUUCGGCAACUAACGCAUCUUUGGCAGAGCAGGUGAUUCAGCCUGCUCUAGUGAUGUUUGAGGUGCACGUGCCACCUUCAUGCAUGCUUGAUGGCGUUCAUUCACAACAUUUUUUUGGAACGGGAGUCAUUAUAUAUCAUUCAGAAAUCAUUGGUUUGGCGGUGGUUGACAGAAACACAGUAGCUGUAUCAGUGUCUGAUGUAAUUCUUUCUUUUGCUGCAUUUCCAGUGGAAAUUCCUGGGGAGGUUGUUUUUUUGCAUCCACUUCACAACUAUGCUAUUGUAGCUUAUGAUCCUUCCGGUUUAGGAGCAGGUGCAACCAAUGUUCAUGCCGCUACAUUGCUUCCAGAGCCUGCAUUGCGUCGUGGAGAAUCAGUUCAUCUUGUUGGACUAAGUAGAAGUUUACAAAUCACAUCAAGAAAAUCCACUGUAACAAACCCUUGUGCUGCCCUAAAUAUUGCAUCAGCUGACUGUCCAAGGUACCGUGCAAUAAAUAUGGAAGUUAUUGAACUUGAUACAGAUUUUGGCAGCACAUUUUCUGGUGUGUUGACUGAUGGACAAGGAAGAGUUCAAGCAUUAUGGUCAAGUUUUUCUGCUCAGCUGAAAUAUGGUUGUAACUCUUUAGAAGAUCAUCAAUUUGUUAGAGGUAUACCCAUCUAUGCUAUAAGCCUAGUACUUGAUAAAAUACUCUCUGGUGCUGCUGGACCUUCACUGCUUAUAAAUGGCAUGAAAAGACCAAUGCCUCUUGUUAGAAUCUUAGAAGUGGAACUUUAUCCGACAUUGCUCUCGAAGGCAAGAAGUUUUGGACUGAGUGACAUUUGGAUAGCGGCUCUUGCUAAAAAGGAUCCAAUAAGAAAGCAAGUCUUGCGUGUUAAAGGUUGUUGGGCAGGAUCAAAUGCUGAAAACCAUUUAGAGCAAGGGGAUAUGAUUCUAGCUAUCAAUAAAGUGCCUGUCACAUGCUUCCGUGAUAUUGAAAAUGCUUGCCAAGAGCUGGAUCGUCUCAAUGAUAGUGAUGGAAAGCUUAAGAUAACAAUCUUUAGACAGUCUUUUAUCUUACAGGGCCAAGAAAUUGAGCUUCUUGUUGGGACAGAUGUCCGAGAUGGCAAUGGAUCAACAUGCAUGGUCAAUUGGUGUGGAUCCGUCAUUCAGGAUCCCCAUUCAGCGGUUCGCGCCCUUGGCUUUCUUCCCGAAGAAGGGCAUGGUGUGUACCUGGCAAGAUGGUGCCAUGGAAGUCCUGUACACAGAUAUGGUCUUUAUGCCCUGCAAUGGAUAGUUGAAGUAAACGGAAAAUUGACGCCAGAUUUAGAGACCUUUUUGAAUGUGGUUGAGGGACUGGAGCAUGGGGAGUUUGUGCGUGUGAAGACGGUUCACUUGAAUGGGAAGCCUCGAGUGCUCACUCUAAAGCAAGAUCUUCACUAUUGGCCUACUUGGGAGCUUAAAUUUGAUCCAGAUACUGCAACUUGGCGUAGGAGAAUGAUCAAAUCAUUGAAUUCCACAGCCUGAGAGUCUCAACAAAUGGUAUUAAUGCACUUCUACAGGAGCUUUUGGUUACAGAUUGCAUUGCUAGAAGGUUAAAAAAGUAUUAAACACUGUACAAGAUUUGAUUGCGUGUAUUUAUUUGUAUACACUUAUAGUUGUUUCAGGACUUGCAUAAAAUUUUAGUGUAGAAAUGACUGGUUAUGUAACUACUGUCUGUGUUAAGCACUCGAGUCUGUACCUAUAUAGAAAGUAUUACCAAAAUCCAUAUCAGGUUUCUUAAAAUCUGUUAUGUAUAAUUCAUCUAUAAUUUUAUUUUCU